ACUCGUCUCUCCAUCGUCGCCAACCACAGCCCCAUUUCUCUUCUUCCUUCAGAAACUCAAACCAGAAAAAUCUCCAGAUCAAACAUGGGAUCAACCGGAGAAACCCAGAUGACUCCCGCCCAAGUUUCUGACAAGGAAGCAAACCUCUUCGCCAUGCAGCUCGCCAGCUCAUCUGUUCUUCCCAUGGUCCUCAAAGCCUCUUUGGAGCUCGACCUGCUCGAAAUCAUGGCGAAAGCUGGUUCUGGCGCCGUCUUGUCCUCAAAGGAAAUCGCUUCUCAGCUUCCUACCAGUAACCCAGACGCACCGGUCAUGCUUGACCGGAUCUUGCGCUUGCUGGCGACUUAUUCGAUCCUCACCUGCUCGCUCCGCGACCUCCCCGACGGCGGAGUCGAGCGUCUCUACGGUCUCGGCCCGGUCUGCAAGUUUCUGACGAAGAAUGAAGAUGGUGUGUCUAUGGCUGCUCUCUGCCUCAUGAAUCAGGAUAAGGUUCUCAUGGAAAGCUGGUACCACUUGAAAGAUGCAGUGCUUGAAGGUGGGAUUCCCUUUAACAGGGCUUACGGGAUGACUGCCUUUGAUUAUCAUGGCACAGAUCCAAGAUUCAACAAGGUUUUUAACCUGGGAAUGUCCAAUCAUUCCACCAUUACCAUGAAGAAAAUCCUCGAAGACUACACCGGCUUCGAGGGACUCACCUCGCUGGUCGACGUCGGAGGUGGCACCGGAGCCACCAUCAAUAGGAUUGUCACCAAGUACCCUACAAUUAAAGGCAUCAACUUUGACCUGCCCCACGUGAUUGAAGAUGCACCCACAUAUCCCAGUGUGGAGCACGUGGGAGGAGAUAUGUUUGUCAGUAUUCCUAAAGCAGAUGCCAUUUUCAUGAAGUGGAUCUGCCAUGACUGGAGUGAUGCUCACUGUUUGAAAUUCUUGAAGAACUGCUACGAAGCACUUCCAGACAACGGUAAGGUGAUUGUAGCAGAAUGCAUUCUUCCGGUGGCUCCGGAUCCCAGCCUUGCCACCAAGCUAGUUGUGCAUAUUGACUGCAUCAUGUUGGCGCAUAACCCGGGUGGCAAAGAAAGAACGGAGAAGGAAUUUGAGGCAUUGGCCAAGGGAGCCGGGUUCCAAGGUUUCAGAGUAGCUUGCAGUGCUUUUGACACUUAUGUCAUGGAGUUUCUUAAGAACGUGUAAAAGAGUCUUGUCACCUCCGGUACAUAAAAAGAGUAUAAAGCAAAGGCCUUUUGGCUGAAAUGUUGGAAUUGGGUUUGAUCAUAAUUGGUUUUUGUUGAUGAGAAUUAUAAUAAAGAUGUGACUUUGUGAUGUUUAUGUCAA